AUUUUUGACCGCCUUUUGCUAACAUUACUGCACGUCUGUACAGAAAACUUAUUAAACGAGUGCAAGAGUGCUAUAAACUAUUUGUGAUUUAUUAUUUAAAAAUUAAAAGAAAACAAAAAAAACAAAAAAAGGAAAUAAGAAAAGAAAUUUCAUAAAAAAUAGAAAUGCAUUAAAAUACUUAUUAAAAUUAAUGUUGAAUUUUUUUAUUCACAUAACUUAACGCAUAAAUGUGAAUAUAGUAGAGAGUAACAUUCACUAUAAAUACCAUCAACUAUUUACACAGGCAAAGAUAAUAAUAACAAUAAUAAUAUCAACAACAAUAACAACAAAAAACAACAAUAACAACAACGACAAGUAUACAGCAUCGCUGGGUUGAGAGCUAGAAAAUUUGCGUUGAUUGUUUUUUAUAAGCCUUCACGUCGCAAUCAGUUUGUGUAUGGGAGUGUGUGUGUGUGUGUGUGUGUGUCUGUGUGUCGAGUGCUUGCGGUUAAGCUUAAACUGCUUGCAAACUUGACUGUAACGACAGACAGAGCCUUUUAUUACAUCAAUUAUACCCAACUGCUGCACUCGAUUAUGACAACAAGUGUUAUAAAUUUUCAAAUAGAUGCAACAACUUUUAUUUUAUAUUCUAAAACAGCAAAACUAAUAACAGUAACGUGAAAAUUAAUGAAAUUGUUCCUGUAAAUAAGAGUAAAAGCAUAAAGAAAGACUAUAAAUUAUUUUGUUCUGCCUGAACAUAAAAGAGCCCCACCUCUACACCUAUCGCCAUCAUAACCAUCAUCAUCGUCAACAUUAGGAACAUCCGAGGUCAACAGCAGCAGCAAUAUGGGAAAGAAAAGCUCAAAAUUAAAACAGGACACCAUUGAUCGUUUAACGACAGACACAUACUUUACAGAAAAAGAAAUCAGACAAUGGCAUAAAGGAUUUUUAAAAGACUGUCCCAAUGGUUUACUCACCGAAGAAGGUUUUAUUAAAAUUUAUAAACAAUUUUUCCCCCAAGGAGAUCCAAGUAAAUUUGCCUCACUGGUAUUUCGUGUGUUCGAUGAGAAUAAUGAUGGCUCAAUAGAAUUUGAAGAAUUUAUACGAGCCCUGUCUGUGACAUCAAAAGGCAACUUGGAUGAAAAAUUGCAAUGGGCAUUCCGUUUAUACGAUGUGGACAAUGACGGUUAUAUAACACGUGAGGAAAUGUAUAACAUUGUGGAUGCCAUUUAUCAGAUGGUGGGACAGCAACCACAAGCGGAAGACGAGAAUACACCACAGAAAAGAGUGGAUAAGAUAUUCGAUCAAAUGGAUAAAAAUCAUGAUGGCAAACUAACAUUAGAAGAAUUUCGUGAGGGUAGUAAAGCUGAUCCACGUAUAGUUCAGGCGUUAAGUUUAGGUGGUGGUUAAAUGAGGAUUUGCUUCUUAUCUAUAAUAUAAAAGUUUUUUUUUUUUUUUUUUUUUUUUUUUUUUUUUUUUUUUUUUUUUUUUCGUAAUAUUAAUUUUCUAUAUUAUUAGAAAACAAGAAAAAGAUUCUUUUAAUAACUAAAUCACUUACUUCCUUGCUAUUUAAUUCUUAAAUAUACAUAGUUUUCUUCAAUAAUUUCUAAAGUACAAUGUUUGAGAUUUUAUUAUUAGAAAGUUUAUUCCCAAUCUGUCGACAUAUUCAAGCACCUAAAUAUAAAUAAAUAAAUAAAUCAAUCAAAUCAAUAAACAAAUGCUUAACAAUUUGAAUACACCAAUAAUAUAUACAUACAUACAUACAGACUUCCUCUUAACGGAAGAAAGAGAAAAAAAAAAUUUCGGAAAAAAAUU